GCUAGUAAGUGGUUUGUUCGGUUCUGGCCAGCAAUAAAUCCGUUUCCUCAAACCGUUCCUCGUGCAAUCGGUACGUGCGUAAAAAGAGAGAGACAGGGGAGAAACGUGACGUCACGUGAUUGCGUUCUACUCCCAAGCUGUCGGUGGGUGAAGACAUUUCUGAUUUUAGUCGAAUUUUGAAUUUCUGUCUCUCGAUUAUUUUCACAAGCGCGUAUUAUUGUUUCGUGAAGAAUAUCGUCAUACAAUGCAAUUGACAGACGUUGCAUAGUGUCAGCACUGCUGGUUUGUGGGGGAAACAAAAGGAGUUUUAAUUUCCAAGGCAAUUGGGUGUUGGAUCAUAUUUAUUUUCAACUGGAGGGACAGAUCCAGUUGUAAUGGCAGAAAACAAUUUCCCUCCCCUGCCUCGCUUCAUCCCUCUGAGGCCAUGUUUCUAUCAGGAUUUUAACGAGAUCCCAGACGUACACCGUUCCAUGUGCAAGAAGCUGUACUACCUAUGGAUCUUUAACAGUGCCACCUUGGCGGUCAAUCUGAUUGGCUGCCUGGCGUGGAUGUGCGGCGGGGGUGGAGCCACUAACUUUGGCAUGGCCAUUCUGUGGCUCAUCCUGUUCACCCCCUGUUCCUACGUGUGCUGGUUCAGACCCAUCUACAAGGCCUUCAAGACUGACAGCUCGUUCAACUUCAUGGCGUUCUUCUUCGUGUUCAUGGCCCAGGUGGUGAUCAGCAUCAUUCAGUGUAUAGGCAUCCCAGGCUGGGGCGUCUGUGGCUGGCUGGCUACCAUCACCUUCUUUAGCACCAAUAUAGGCUCUGCUGUUGUCAUGCUGAUCCCCACCAUCAUGUUCACUGCCAUGGCUGUCCUCUCCUUCACCGGGCUCACCAAGGUCCACAACAUGUACCGUGACACCGGGGCCAGUAUUAUAUUCAGUCUGGUCCAAAAGUAUUGACAUUUAUAUGGUCAAAUGAUAUGAAAAUAGGGAAGAAAAUACCCCCUAUCUACUGUAAAAUAUGGUAAUAAAUCUUUGAUGUUAUGGGGCUAUUUUGCUUCCGUCCUGGGGCUCUUGUUAAGGUCAACGGCAUCAUGAACUUUACACAGUACCAGGACAUUUAUAAACCCUGGUUGCCUCUGCUAGAAGGUUGAAACAUGGCCACAAGUGUAUCUUUCAGUAAGACAAUAACCCCCAAGGACACAUCGAAAUCCACAAAGAAAUGGUUAAUUGACCACAAAAAUCUGAAUUUUUGCAAUAACCAUCUCAGUUUUUAAAGAUUUUAGAAAAAAAGCUCUGUUUCGUUAUCCUACCAAGGGGAGGGUUCUGGGGUACAGGGGUGGCAAUAAUUGUUUUGCCCUUGUUAAAAUCUAUUUUUCUGAGCAAUUGUAUAAAAUAUGAGUUUCCCAUUUUAAUUUUUUUUGCAUACACAAUGUAGCUCAGUAUUUUAAUUCUUUAUUUUAUAGUUUUUUUUGCUUAUCUUUAUCAACGGUGCCAAUAAUUUUGGACCUGACUGUAUGUCUGUAUGUCUCUCACACUAUUUCGUUCUUUCUCUCUCUCCACGCGCAAAACAUGUACCGUUGCACUGAAGGACAGUACUCUUUCUCUCUGUCCUCCGUUUGACUUUCUCGCUCUCUCUCUCUCUACUCAGUUCAAUUGAAAGGGCUUUAUUGGCAUGGAAAACGUGUUUACAUUGCCAAAACAAGUGAAAUAAACAAAAGUGAGAAGACACAAAACAUCAACAAAAAAUGUGUUUUUCUCUAGGAGAGAAAAGACCAUAUUCAUUCUCAAGACCUCUGUAUUACUUGCAGUAAUAUAACUCAAGCACCAUGUCUCCCUGACAACAUGUAUCGUGGCACCGGGCCAGUAUUCUGUACGUCUCUCACACACACUAGCUACAGUAAUAUAACUAACACACCAUGUCUCCCUGACAACAUGUACCGUGGCACCGUGCCAGUAUUCUGUAUGUCCCUCUCACACACUAGCUACAGUAAUAUGACUCACUCUAAUA